ACGGAAUGUUUUCCUGGUUUUUUUUUCCCAGUUAUCCCAAUGUCCCAGGAAUUACCACGAGAUCCAUCGGGAAUUCUCCCACGAGGGCGCGCGGGUCCUGGCCCUGGGAUACAAAGAACUGGGAGCCCUGAGCCACCAGCAGGUGCGGGAGAUGAAGAGGGAAUCCCUGGAAUGCGACCUGAGGUUUGUGGGAUUCAUCGUGGUCUCCUCCCCACUCAAAGCUGACUCCAAGGCCGUGAUCCGAGAGAUCCAGAGCGCUUCCCACCACGUGGUGAUGAUCACGGGGGACAGCCCGCUGACGGCGUGCCACGUGGCGCGGGAACUGCAUUUCCUGCGCCGGGAAAACGUCCUCAUCCUGCAGGAACCGGAGCCCGGUACCGGGAAUGUCGGGAAUAUCGGGAAUGAUGGGAAUGAUGGGAAUAAUGGGAUUGGGAAUGAUGGGAAUGAUUUGAAUAAUGGGAUUGGGAAUGAUGGGAAUAAUGGGAAUGUCGGGAUUGGGAAUGAUGGGAUUGGGAAUGAUGGGAUUGGGAAUGGGAACUGCACUUCCUGCGCUGGGAAAACGUCCUGAUCCUGCAGGAACCAGAGCCUGGUACCGGGAAUGUCGGGAAUAUUGGGAAUGUCGGGAUUGGGAACAGCAGAAACCCACGGGGUUUUGG